AUGCCAUCAAUUCCCCUCUUCUCUCUCUAACCCCCCCCCCCCCCUCUCUCUCACAGACAAUUCAAGGGUUUGUGAAAAUGGUGGAAGAAGAACCAAAACGAAGCCCUCCGAAACAACCCGAAACCGGAGGGAAUGCGAGUUGUGUAUUCAGCCCCGGGUUUAGAUCUGCGGCAGCGAUGGCCGGUUGGGACGAAGAAGCACUGCUGAUGGCUUCGCUUAUCGUCGAAGAUACACCUGUUCGUGAUUCCAAACAGAAGAGACGAACCGAUCCGAUGUUCAAAACUCCACCUACUCAUUCCAGAAGGAAGCGUAGAGAUCAGAGGAAGAGUCCGGUUUCGAGUUUCGUGGCUGUUCUUGAUCUUGAAGAGGAAGGUUCUAAAAAAGAAAGUUUAGAAGAGAAGAAAGAAGAGAAGAUUGAUGCGGUUGUUAGUGGUAAAAAGGUUGAGAAAUCGAAUGAAUCGAGUUCUGGAAACGCUUUGAUUCCUUGUAUGGAUCGGCUUCGUGAAGAACUCUCUUGUGCGAUUUGUUUGGAUAUUUGUUUUGAACCGAGUACGACUUCCUGUGGGCACAGUUUUUGUAAGAAAUGUCUGAGAUCUGCUGCUGAUAAGUGUGGUAAGCGUUGCCCGAAAUGCAGGCAGCUCAUCAGCAAUGGAAGAUCUUGCACCGUCAAUACAGUUCUAUGGAACACGAUACAGCUUUUGUUUCCACAAGAGAUAGAGGCAAGAAAGGUGUCGGCAGGAGGUUCAAACGCCUCGGAAUCCGUUGAUCUCCUAAGCCCACCAUCAAGGCGGAGGAACCAAUACCGGAGCGUAAUUCAAGCGUUAAAUAGUCCUGAAGGAGAACAGCUAAGCUUGGAAAGGAGGCGGAGGACCAGUAACAACCACAACCACAAUUUGAGACACCAAAGUUUCCGUCCGGCUUCUGUUGUGUUACUGAACAGCAGAGAAGCCGGAGAUAAUAGCGUGAGCAGGAGGAGGAGGAGGCCGCCACAAGUGCAAGAUGACGAUGUUACUUUGGCUCUGAGAUUGCAGCGAGAGGAAUUUAUGGGAGCGUUUGGAGGGCCUGAAGAACAACCGCGAGAGCAACAGAGAAGAGGCUCUGUGGCAACAGCCUCUAGUAAUCUGAGGGCAAUGGCAUCUCGAGCUAUUAAUCUUCGUAAUCUUCGUGGCCGCUGAACUUAAGACUCACUAGUUGGUUUGGUCACAAUUUCUGUGAUAAUUUCAUUUGGAGUUUAUGCUGUUAGUUUAUGAUAUUAACCGUAAUGAGUCAAGCAUACUAAAAACUGUUGAUGAUUGAAUCACCAUCUUUAGGAUUUUUGGUUGGUAUGUUGACUUAUUAUGUUCUUAUUUUUGCUGAAAUUCCAUUAAUAUUUAAGAUUUAUCACAUCA